UACUUUUAGAAGUGUCCGAUUGGAUCAUUCAAAUCUCUCUCUUUUCAUUUUUCAUACACUAAACGUGUAUCGAUUUCCUUUUUUUUUCUUCCAUGUGUUUAUUCAUACGUUUUUUGGAUAUUUUACAAACGUGUCCCAAAGUAACCAAGGUAUACGAUAUGGAAAACUUUGAUGCAGUUGCUGGUCAGGAAGAUGAUGGGAUGGAUGCAGAAUACACAAUUUAUGUGAAUAAUGUGCCACCAGAAUUAAAUGAGGUUGCAAUUAGAGACAUUUUUGGUCAAUAUGGUAAAAUUAUUCACAUGUAUUAUCCUCGUAAUUCUACUAAUGCUAAAUGGACUUACAUUACGUAUGAAACAUAUCGUGAGGCAGAAUUUGCUAUAAGAGAACUUAAUGAUAGAAAACCAUUAUGUCUGAAAGUUACACUUGCAAGAAGGUCGCUUGCAAAAGUCGCACCUGCAAAUGAAAAAUCACAGAAUUCAUGUGUAUCACAAAGUUUGGAAGAAAGAAUGUUAGCAACAGAUGUUGCACCACCAUUUGCUCAUACUGAUGUAAAAUAUCGGCAGAGUGUUGGUCGUGGUCAAUCAAUGAAUAUGGCUCGUAAAUUUUCUACGAUGUCACAAAUGAUAUCGCAUGCAGAUAGUGAAUCAUUACCAUCUUCGCAGGCAUCUAAUAUUUAUGAACCUGAGGAUCGUUUUGAGAAUACAAAUAGAUUUUGGACAAGAGGUGUGGUAACCGUUACAUCAGACGGAAAGAGACAUGUUGCACUUGGACGCGGUUAUACACUAUAUGAAUUUCCAGAAGAGAAUCCUAAGGUUGACGACUACAUUGGAAAAGUAUAUGAGAAACGAUUAAAAGGAUCAUAUGAAUAUGGAGAGGACAAGUUUAAGGAUAGACUGCAAAAAUGUUACACUUGUUCCAUCAAAACAACAAAACAUUGUGAAAAAUGCUUAACAUAUUAUUGUAGCAGACCAUGUCAAGUAAAAGAUUGGCCACGACACCAGAUGGAAUGUGAACGAAUACCAGCGUUAGUAGAAGAAACAGUUCAGAAUAUGUCAACUUUGCAAGUUAGUAAAGAAGAAGACCAAGAAAAAGAGGCAUCAAAGCCAAAGCAAGCAAUUAAUAAAACAAUUGUAUCUAAUGAUGUAAAACUACGGCGGCCCAAUAUACCACAAAAUUCAAUCAAUGGUCAAAGUAAUGGUGUUACCAUAUCAAAAACUGAAAGAGUGAACCAAUUAGUAAGCAAUGCUGUGACCAGAGAUUUUUCUCAGCAGAGUGAAAAGCCUAAAUAUAACAGUACUGCUGGAAAUACUGAUCAGUCGAAAGGAGAUGAAGAAUAUUCAAUCAAUUCAAGCAAAGUUGACUCGAUUCGGCCAAAUUAUAAUCGUAAUCAAAAUGAUGUUACAAAUACGACUAAUAACAACAAAGACAUAGUUGAUAAUAAUGAUAAUAUAAAAGAUAGAAGUUAUAAUACUGAUAAAAAUCAGUCUUUUCAAAGACAUGAAUUUCAGAAUAGUAGAAAGUCCCCUCCAUACAAAGGUGGACAAAAUGCCAUACGAACAUACAGUGAAACUUCUUCUUCUACCACCAGUAAUAUAGACGACGAUCUAGCAUUCAAUAAAGAUACAUAUUUAUCGAACAAAGAGUUUACUGAGGUUGAAGUUGUAGUGCCAUUGGACAACAAUGAAUAUUGGAUAACUAAAUUGAAAGAUAUAGAAACGCGUACGACACUAAUGAUACAGUUGCAAAAUGUCGCAGCAAAAUCGCGUAACGUGAAGCCAAUUAUCGGCAAUAUUUAUGGCGUUUUAUAUGAAAAAAUCUGGCAUAGAGCUAUGAUAAUAUCUUUGAAUCCUGUAAUGGUUCAUUUCAUUGAUUAUGGCAAUGAUGAAAUACUGCAAAAAGACGCUGAUAUCAGAGACAUAGAAGAUAUGCCCAAAGUUCCUAAGUUCGCUAAAAAAAUUCAGUUAACUCCAGCCACAGCUGAAAAGUACAAGGAUCUACGGUAUGGUAAUCGACUAUCUGUUCGAAUGUUGUCCAGAAAUACUGAUGGAACAAUAAUAGUGGAAGUGCAAAAGCCACUGGAAGAUUUAUCUGUGUGUACAAAAGAAAGUGCUCCACAGUCAGAUGUGAAUAAUGGAGCGAUAGAGAAGACUGUGCCGCAAGAAAAGUUUAAAAUGCCAUCAAUUAUUAAUAUAAAAGCUUCCAAGAUUCAAAUACCUAACGUUUUCGAUGCUUUUGCUAAUUUGUUGACUCAAAAAGCGGUUACUGAAUUAAAAAUUGAGGGCGCCAUAGAAAUUGUUGAAUCCACAGAAACGAAUGUUUAUAGCGCAACUUUGUGUCCAAGUGUCUAUUCCGAAGACGUUGUGAUGGUUUUAACGGAUUUGCAACAAGAAUGCGAGAACAUGAAAAAAUCUAUGAACUGCAGAGCACAAACAGAAGAUUUGGUUUGCGGUAAAGGCGUAGAUGCCUGGUAUAGAGGAUAUGUUUUAACAUCAUCCGACUUGCGUAUUAUUACAGUGGAUGAAGCUAAAAUUCUGCCGGUAAAUGAAAUUUUGCCAUGUCCUGAGAAGUUUUUAAAUAUUUGUGCAUUUGGAGUGGUAUGCAGAAUGAAUCGUCCUACUAUCAAAUUGGAUGAACAAAUAUAUACGUUCACAACAUUAAUGAAUCAAGAGAACUGCAAGCAAGGAAGUCUUAAAAUAGAUAUAACUAUAAAUGAUGAAAUCGCGACAGCUGUGAUAAAGCCAUGGGAAUCUUUAAUAACAAAGUCGACUCCUGCACUUGCGGAAUUAAAAAGUGGAUCAAAGAUAUGUCUUACCAGUUACCGAAAUCAAUAUGUUAUGUUUGCACGUUCUCUAAAUGAGUCUGAAGUAGAAUAUUAUAAUGAUACUAUGCAACGUAUUGCACAAUGCGCUCGAUCAGCACCGAAUCUGUCUGAACCUCCGACUACAGGAAAAAUAGUCAUUGCACCAUUUUAUGAUGAAAAUAAUUAUCGCGCAAUGGUCAUGGAAGUAAAGGAUGACAAAGCUAAGAUAGCAUACAUUGAUUUCGGAAAUAUAGAUUAUGUUAAUAUAAAAGAACUUAAAGUAUUACCAGAGGAUUUGGCACGGCAACGGAGUUGUUCGGCGAAAAUAGUUUUGAAAGAUGUUCCUCGCGACGCACCUAUGACCAAAGAAACUGACCAGUAUCUUCGCAAUCUAACGGGCAAAGAAAUACCUUUGACAUGUGUAUAUGAAGGUACACCAUCCACGGAUGGAGUGCACUUGACGAUGCCUACUGGUGAAAGUGUUAACGAUGAGCUAAAUAAAUUAUUGAUACCAAAUUGGAAACAACAGAAGGAUGAUAAUGAUGAGCGCUAUAUGCUAAAUGAUAUAAAAGUUGCCAGUUUAGGAAAUAUAGGUGACACAGUAGAUGCAUUUGUAAUACAUAUACAAGAAAUUGGAAAGCAGUACAUGUUAAGUCCACUCGAUACCGAAAUGUGGCAACAUAUUGACGAAGUGAUGUCCCCAAUGAUAAAGGAAUUCUGUGAGAAAACAGAAUAUUAUAUACCAAGAAUGCAGGAAUUAUGCUUAGCGUUAUACAAAGGAGGAUGGUUUCGUGCAGUAUGCUUUGAUCCGAAAGACACGGACACAACAUCCCAAAUUUAUUUCCUUGAUUACGGAAACAUUGAUUCGGUGAAACACCAAAACAUAAGACGAAUGCCUAAAGAUUUUAUCACACCUAUGGCGAUGGCAAACUUGUGUACAGUUAUCAAUUUAGCGCCUCUCGAUAAUACUGGAAAUUAUUCGCCUACUGUAGAACAGAAAAUAAAAGAGUUAGUGCCUAGUGAAUCGUUAGUAAAAAUCAAGAUCGUAAAUUGCAUUGACGAUGGCGAUUAUAAAGUUGAAUUUCCGGAUAUUCAUGCAAAACUGGUACAAGGAAAUUUCAUAAAAUAAGUGGAAAAAUUUUAAUUUACAGUUUUAUAGUUUUACGAAUAUUAUAUGAUUUUAUU